UCUCUCAAAAAACAAAUCGAACACCUUCGAGUUAUUGUUAUUUCAAAAAAUGGACAAUAUGGCUUUAUCAAUGGAUAAUGUUGUUAUGUCCAAUGAAGAGGAAAUUUCUAUGAUGAAAGUUAUGCACCUUCCUUGUGGUUUAUUCCUUAACAUGGUAUUAAGAGCUGCCAUUGAACUUGACCUAUUUGAGAUUAUAGCAAAAUCUACUACUCAAAAACUAUCUUCUUAUGAAAUUGCAUCUCAAAUUUCCACAAAAAAUCCUAAUAAUGCCCCACUUAUUCUUGAAAGGAUUCUAAGAUUUCUUGCUAGUCAAUCUUUUCUCACAUGCAACAUUACAAAAGAUGAUGAUGGAAAUAUUCACACAUCAUACAAUUUGACUCCAUUGAGCCAAAGUUUAAUCUCAGAUAAAGAUGGAUCAUCAAUAGCUCAUUUUUUACUACUGGCUACUGAUCCAAUUGCUGUUAAUUCUUGGUUUCAUUUGAAAGAUGCAAUACUAGAGGGUGAGAUACCAUUCAACAAGGUCCAUGGGGUGCAUGCAUUUGAAUACCAUGGAAAAGAUAGUAGAUUUAAUGGAGUAUUCAACAAAGCUAUGCAAAACGUCACUUGCAUUGAUAUGAAGAGAAUUCUUGAGUGUUACAAUGGCUUCCAAGGAGUAAAAGAGGUCAUAGAUGUGGGAGGUGGACUUGGAAUAUCAUUAGCUUCUAUAAUUUCCAAGUAUCCUAAUAUCAAGGGUAUUAAUUUUGACCUACCCCAUGUCAUCAAAGAUGCACCUACUUAUGAAGGCAUAGAGCAUGUUGGAGGAGACAUGUUGAAGAGUGUUCCUCAAGGGGAGCUAAUCCUUCUGAAGGCAAUACUUCAUGAUUGGGAUGAUGAAUAUUGCGUGAAAAUAUUGAAGAAUUGUUGGAGAGCUUUGCCAAAAGAUGGUAAAGUUGUUGUAAUAGAACAAAUGCAGCCAGAAUAUCCAGAGACUAAUCUUAUUUCUAAAAAUUCAUUUUGUGUUGAUAUGUUAAUGAUGACUAUGCUUGAUGGAGGCAAAGAAAGAACAAAGCAACAAUUUGAAGAUUUGGCUAAACAAGCUGGAUUUACUGCUCUCAAAAUUGUGGCUCGAGCAUAUUAUUGUUGGGUCAUGGAAUUGUACAAGUAUUAAUUACCUAUUUUAACUCAUUUAUGCUAUAAUAAUAUUCUUUCUAUUCUGAUUCAUGUGGCACCGUUCGGAUUUCGAGAGUCAAAAGCUUUUAAUUUUGAUAAUGAUUAAUUAACUUGGAUAUGAAAUCUUUAAAUUUACAUAUUUGAAAACUACGUAAAAAGCACCAGAUAAUUCAAAAUUUUCAUAAGGUAUAUGAAAAAAAUCGUGUUAAUUUGACUCUCGAAAUUCAAAAAGUGUCACAUAAAUUGUGACGGAAGGAGUAGAAUAAAAAAGUUAAUUAUUUUAUGUAUUUGCUGUCUAUUUCCAAUUAUUUUUGGUUGUUCUGACGUUUUUUUUAUGUAAUAUGAGUUUCCAUGAAGGUCCUAACAUUAUAAAGGACUCUAAAUAUAUUUACCUUGGAA